UUUUGCAUCCACGACGAAUCACCCCCCGCCAACACACAUUUCAGCCUUUGGGUUCUCAUCGUUUUCACUAUACGUCUUGCGCGAACUCGUCUCCAUGUAGAGUUCUACUGGCGCCGGCAUUUCUUCACCUGGUAACAGAAUGAACAGCCAGAACCUUGGCCCUGUAGUAUACGAUCGAGACCGCGAGAUGGAAGAACGACACCGAGCUUUACAGCAACGUGAGGAGAUGGCCCGUCGGGAUCAAGAGAGAGAACGUGAACAGCGCGAAAGAGAGCGCGAUCGAGAUCGAGAGUCCAACGACCGGUACCAAUCUACACCUCACCACAGCAGCGCCGGCUCCAUUCCCAUUCACCAGCCGGUCGCGUCGCGAAUCUCUGGCGCAAUUCAUAGUCCCGGUGGACUUCUUGCGAAUCACAACGGAAAUCCUCAAAUUCCCCUCGGUAACCCACCAGGUCCUCCCCUGGCCGCCUUCGGAGGGCCACUCCAGAGCGAGCACAACCGACCGGUCCAACACGGUGGACCAAAUAAUAGCAAUACACAACCACAAAUGUUCGCGCCGAUGCCGCACGGUGGACCGCCGACAUCUACACAAGCUGCUGCCAACAGUGUUGCGGCUGUGUUUGGCGGUCCUUUGCAGCAACAGCCUCCGGAAGGCCAGCGUGGGGGCCAGCAGAGCGCGCCGUUCAACCCAGCUGCUGCAUCGGCAGCUCAUCAGCUUCCUGGGGGAAUUACCCAGGGGCAGCAACCUAUUCUGAAUGAUGCCCUCACCUACCUUGACCAGGUCAAAGUCCAGUUCCACGACCAACCAGACGUCUAUAACCGAUUCUUAGAUAUCAUGAAAGAUUUCAAAAGCCAGGCUAUUGACACACCAGGGGUUAUCAACCGAGUAUCUGAGCUCUUCGCCGGGCAUCCAAACCUGAUUCAAGGGUUCAACACUUUCUUACCUCCCGGUUACCGUAUCGAGUGCGGCGCUGGCAACGAUCCGAAUACAAUACGAGUCACCACACCUAUGGGCACCACGGUUCAAUCUAUCACAGGACGCGGAAACCAGGGCGAUGGUCACGGUCCUGCCACAGCUAAUCAGCCCUUGUUCCCCGAACGAGGUAGCCAGUGGCAGCAACAGAGACCGCAGCAUAGCAUCGAGAGUCCGGAGGCACAGUUUAGUACGCCUGUUCAGAAUGGCGCAAGCCUCUUUGUUCAAGCUGCAGCCCACAAUGCUGCUUUCAACGAGAGCAACAACUCGGGGCAGCGACGUGCUCUGCCCCAGGGCAGCACAGGUCCUGGGGAGGGGCCAAAUGCGCGCCAGGCCUUGACGCCCACUCCUUCUGGACAAGCUGGAGUAAACGGCAAUGCAGCAAAUCAGGCAAACAUGGAACGACGGGGGCCAGUUGAAUUCAACCAUGCUAUCAGCUAUGUGAAUAAGAUCAAGAACCGGUUCCAGGACAAGCCUGAAAUUUACAAACAAUUCCUUGAAAUUCUUCAAACCUACCAGCGCGAACAAAAGCCUAUCCAGGACGUAUAUGCGCAGGUUACCACCCUGUUCAACUCGGCUCCUGACCUACUCGAAGAUUUUAAACAAUUUCUGCCAGAAUCAGCUGGACAGGCAAAGCAGACCCCCAACCGUAUGGACGAUGGACCCCCAUCUGGUCCCAAUCAGACACCACAGCCUGCUAUGAGAGAUGGACAAAAGAUGCCUCCUCUUGGUAGCUUUGCGCCGCCCGCUAGCGCCACUAAAGACAACAAGAAGCGACCCCGAGCCGACAAGCAAGCUACUCAGCCUGCAACCGUUCUUGCAGACGCGACCUUAAUUACGCGGACUCUUCCUCCUAUUGCGAAUGGUCACAAGAGACCUAAACUCAACCAUGCCAGACCAGGAGGUGACAACUCAGCAGUCGAGCCAACUCUUACACCGGUUAUGCCAGAGCCCUACCCUGCUAAACCCUCCUCGACAUCUAGUCAGGAGGAGAUUGCCUUCUUCGAACGCGUUAAGAAGUUCCUUAGUAAUCGAUCUUCCAUGAAUGAGUUCUUGAAACUUUGCAACCUCUUCAGUCAGAACAUCAUCGACCGAAACACAUUAUUUCACAAGGGUGCGUUGUUCAUCGGCGCAAACCCCGACUUGAUGAACUUCUGGAAGACCUUUGUUGGCGUCGAUACUCAAGAUGUCAUCAUCGACAAUCGUCCUGCGCCCCCGACAGAGAAGGUGUCUCUCAGCAACUGUCGUGGGUAUGGACCUAGUUAUCGAUUACUUCCCAAGCGAGAGCGCCUCAAACCCUGCAGCGGCCGAGACGAGCUCUGCAACUCUGUUCUCAAUGAUGAGUGGGCUUCACACCCUACGUGGGCGUCGGAGGAUAGCGGAUUCGUUGCUCAUAGAAAGAACCAGUUUGAGGAAGGCCUGCACCGUAUCGAGGAAGAGCGCCACGACUAUGACUUCAACAUUGAAGCUAACAUUAAGUGCAUCCAACUUCUGGAGCCUAUUGCUCAAAACAUGCUCGCCAUGUCUGCUGCUGAAAGAGAAACAUUCCAGAUGCCUGUUGCGCUCGCUGGGCAAAGCACGUCUAUUUUCAAGCGCAUCUGCAAGAAGAUUUAUGGUGAUCGAGGUAUCGAUGUUGUUAAUGACAUGUUCACCCAUCCUUUCGACGUCGUGCCUGUCCUAUUGGCUCGCAUGAAGCAGAAGGAUGAGGAGUGGCGGUUCUCUCAGCGAGAAUGGGAGAAGGUGUGGCACGCCCAGACUGAGAACAUGCAUCUCAAGAGUCUGGACCACAUGGGCAUUCUUGUCAAGCAAAACGACAAGAGGCACUUGACUGCAAAGCACUUGGUCGAUGUCAUCAAGACAAAGCAUGAGGAACAGCGUCGCGAGCGAUCGCUAAAGGGUGACGUCCCUCGACAUCAGUUCAGCUGGGACUUUAGCGACAAGGAUACAAUCAUUGAUCUUCUCCGCCUCAUGAUGCUGUACAGUUUACAUAAUGGCCAGCACAGCAGCCAAGAAAAGGAACGCAUUCUGGAGUUCUUCGAGUCUUUCAUCCCUGCCUUCUUCGAUAUUCCCGAGGAGAACAUUCAGGAUAAGCUUCCCAAGAUGCAGCCCGAUUCUGGCGAGGACGAAGUGGAGGAUCACACGCCUGCAGAGCUGACCAACGGCCGCAGCCGACGUAACGGUCGAAAAGGAGAUCUACUUAGAGGAGUUCUUGAUCCUGGCCGUAACGGUAGCAAACCCCGCGGACAUAAGGAAGACAGCGCCUCUGGAAGCAAAGAGACAACGCCUGAUGUUACUUCGGCGAAUGAAGAGGAGAUGCCCGAUGCUUCCGAUGACAUUGCCAACACUGACGUUUCCAACGAGCGCUGGAUACCCAAUAUCCCCAAACCCGUUGUUGUUGGUCAGAGCGAAGAGAUCCUGAACACUGAAGGCGAGUUGAAGGCCGAUGGAUUCUUCACACGCCCAUGGUACAACUUCUUCUGCAACCAGACCCUGUUCGUCUUCUUCAGCAUCUUCCAAACUCUAUAUCGACGUCUUCAAGAUCUCAAAGAAGCAAAGGAGGUUGUGGCUAAGGAGGUCGAGCGCCUCAAUAAACAGAAGCCUGCUCGGGAUAUCGGUUUUACUGAGAACCACAUGAAGUUCUUCGACACCAACGAUGACCCAGACAGUUACUGGCCGAAGACCCUUGAGCUCAUUGAGGAGUAUAUUACUGGUGACGUUGACGAGAGUCGAUACCAGGAUGUGAUGCGACACUAUUACCUCAAGACUGGAUGGAAGGUGUACACAAUCCAGGACCUGCUCAAGACCCUCUGCCGUCUGGCCCUUACCUGCAGUAGCACAGACGUAAAGGAGAAGACUCCUGACCUCAUUGCCCAGUACCAGGCCAACCGUGAGCGAGAGGAAACAAGUUACCAGACAGAGAUUAGCGCCCGAAAGUUCGCUGAAAAAUGUGUUAAGGAUGGUGAUAUUUUCGUGAUAUGCUGGGUAAGUUCAAGUCACCAUGACAUUUUCUAAUUGUCAGACCUCUAACAAGAUCACAGUUCCCCUCCAAGUCUGAGGCGACCGUGCGAUGGCUUCAACGCGAAGAAACAACCUUCUACAUGGAUGAGAUGCAACUCCGUGAGCGCUGGCAGUAUUAUAUCUCAUCUUUCAUUCGCGUUGAGCCCACCGAGGGAGUACCUAGAUCGAAGCUCCAGAAGGUCGUGCUCUCUCGCAACCUUCCCUCACCCGACGCCGAUUCAGACGAGGAUUCCAUUCCUAAGGCUGUCUCGUAUAAGGAGAACCUGACCAUCAGUAUUUGUCUUAAGAGUUCAAAGAUGAUCUGGGCUCCGGGAACUUCUGAAUACGUCGUAUAUGACCAAGGCCCCAAGUCGGCAGAACAGCGUGAACGUCGCGACAAGUUCAUCCGUGCCCUUAGCGCACAUCGAGAGAACAAGCUUCUCGAGAAGUGGGUGCACAAUCCUGCAUGGACGAAGGACCUUAGUCCAGAAGAGGUUCAAGAGCAAAAUAAGAACUUCCGCAAAUGGAUGGACGACGGUGUCGUUCCGCCCAGCGCUGCUGAAGACGUGGAGAUGGAUUAGUCCUCUAACUCUCGCCAGCAGCAGGAGCAGGGACGAAAGCGCGGCCGAGAAGCUGCUCCAACAAAGCCUGCAGCGACCGUCUCAAAGCCAAUCGGGAAAGCGUCACGAAAGAGACCUGCGGAAUUACUCGUUUCUGCUCCACCAAACAAGAGGACGAGAUAUAGUCCUCGCAUUACCAGGGCACAAUCCGGGAGCGACGAGUCGAGCAAGUAGGGGAGGCGGCCAACUUUUAGAGGAAAUAAACGGGGAGGGUGUGCUUGUAUGAAACUCAUCAGCGGUUUGGUUGUUUUUUUUUUUUUUUUAUCCUUUCCUCUAUCGUUUGUGUUUUUAGUCUUUGAGAUUCAAAAGGCGACAGGAAAUUCGCAACCAGAAGGCUUGCCCGCACGUCAGUUUUCCUCUUAUAGCGAAGGUUGAUAUGAUGUUUGAGGAGUUUUAGAGCUCCUUUGGCCUGUACUCUACAAACUAUAACCAAGCACGUCAUGAUUGAUAGCAGUAUCGAAGUUAUACAGUUAAUGUCAUCAUAUCAAAAGUCAUGCCUUGAGUUGGUCUCCUGUGAAUUAAAAAUGGUAUUUAUAUCUCUUCCUAAAUGGCUAUGUAAGGGUAUACCGUGGAGUAGUCAGAUAUCGUAGGCCAUAUCAUCAUGUGUCAGAUACAGCAAGACAAAACUUUUCGUUCCAUCGCACCACAUGCCUGUUUAAUGUGUCAUCUAAAUCGUCAAUUAUCCCAGUCGCCCCUUUUAUUGCAGGUUCUCGAUAACCAUAGCAGAAGCACCACCACCACCGUUGCAGAUACCAACGGCACCAAUCUUGGCCUUCUUCUCCUUGAGGACGGAGGUAAGGGUGGUGACAAUACGGGCACCAGAGCAUCCAAGAGGGUGGCCGAUGGCAACGGAACCACCGUAGACAUUAACCUGGUCAGGGUUAAGACCAAGGAUCUUCAUGUUAGCGAGAGCAACGGCGGAGAAGGCCUCGUUGAUCUCGUAGUACUCGACCUGGUCGGCGGUCAAACCAGCGUGCUUGAUGGCCUUGGGAAUGGCCAGAGCGGGAGCGAUGGUGAAACGCUCAGGCUCACGCUCAGCAUCACCCCAACCAAGGAUCUUGGCAACAGGCUUGAGGUUGAGCUCCUUGAGCUUAGCCUCGGAGACGAGGACAACGGCGGCAGCACCAUCGUUGAUGGGAGCAGCGUUAGGAGCAGUGACAGUACCGUCAGGCUUGAAAGCUGGGCGCAUGGCCUUGAGCUUGUCGACAUUCAGGUUCUUGACCUCAUCGUCACGCUCAACCUUGAUAGCGGGCUUGCCACGACCACCGGGGACCUCAACGGGGACGAUCUCGGUGAAAAGACCGGCCUCAGUGGCAGCCUGAGCCUUCUUGUAUGAGUUGAUGGCGUACUCGUCCUGGGCCUCACGGGUGAGCUCAUGGUCCUGAACACAAAGCUCAGCAGAGAUACCCAUGUGGUCCUUCUUGAAAGAGUCGGUCAAACCGUCCUUGAGAACACCAUCGACGAGAGUCUGAUCGCCGUACUUGGCGCCGUUUCGGAGGUUGGGGAGGUAGUGAGGAGUGUUGGACAUGGACUCGGUUCCACCAGCAACGACAAUGUCGGAGGUGCCGAGCAUAAUGUUUUGAGCACCAAGAAUGAUGGCCUUGAGCGAAGAAGCGCAGACCUUGUUCACGGUCGUGGCGAUGACAGUCUGGGGAAGGCCUGCACCGAGGGCACAUUGGCGGGCAGGGCCCUGUCCAACGCUGGAGGCAAAUCAUGUCAGCAACGAGGUCGCAGUUAUCUCAAUUUUCGAGAUCAUGAUGGCGGGGUAGAGAAAACAAAAGACCUACCCAGCGGAGAGGACAUUGCCAAAAAAGACCUCGUCGACAUCCUCAGGCUUGAUACCGGCACGCUCGACAGCUCCUGUGAACAGUGUUUAGUACACUGAAUGUUUUUGUUAUUCGCCGUUGCGCGA